AUGUCAUCCGACGCCCAGAAACCAUGGGUCAUAAUCGUAGGCGCGGGGCCUUCAGGACUCCUCCUGGGUCUGUUGUUGGCUAAACGUGGCAUCCCCGUGCAACUGGUCGAUCUGACGCACGAACUGGACAAGAACCCGCGAGCAACACACUACGGACCACCGGCGAUGCACGAACUCAACCGUGCGGGCGUGGUGGGAGAGAUGCGCGAGCAAGGGUUCCUCCCCGACUCGGUGUGCUGGCGGAAGCUCGACGGCACGUACCUGACGGGAAUCGACAUGGACGUGAUGGGCGACUACCCGGACCGCAUGGUGUGCCUGCCUCUGAACAAGCUGGGCAAGAUCCUCUACGCGCAUCUGCAGCGGCAGCCCUCGGCGACGGUCAAUUGGGGCUACAAGGUCGUGUCGCUGGGCCAGGACGACGACAAGGCCUGGGUCGACGUCGAGACGCCCGAAGGCACCACCAAGAGGCUCGAAGCAAAGUACAUUGUCGGCUGCGACGGGGCGAACAGCCAGGUGCGUCGGUCGUUGUUCGGAGACUGGGAAUUCCCCGGUAAGACGUGGGAGAAUCAGAUUGUCGCUACAAAUACAUACUACGACUUUGAACCCUACAAAUGGCGCGACUCCAACUUCAUCAUCCACCCGGAGCACUUCUUCAUGGCCGCCCGCAUCGGCACCGACGGCCUGUGGCGCAUCACGUACGGUGAAAAGCCAGGCUUCACCACCGAGCAGCUUCGUGAACGCCUCCCUACGAAAUUCAAAACGUUCCUACCCGGUCACCCGGAACCAGACCAAUACAACGUUGUGAACUUCAGCCCCUACAAGAUCCAUCAGAGAUUAGCGCCCAAGAUGCGAGUUGGAAGGUUUUGUUUAGCUGCUGAUGCGGCACAUUUAUGCAACCCAUUCGGUGGUAUGGGUCUGACAGGUGGCAUCGUCGAUAUCGGCGGCCUAUAUGACUGUCUCGUGGGCAUCUACGACGGCCUGGCCGACGACUCGAUCCUAGACAAGUACUCUGAGAUCCGGAUGCAAAAGUACAAAGAGAUCAUCGACCCCAUUUCGAGCGACAAUAUCAAACGGCUGUUCGACCAGGAUGCCGACACCGCAAUGGAGAAUGACGAGUUUCUGAAGGUGUUGAAGCGAGCAGAGACGGAUUUGGAGUUUGCAAAGGAACUGCAAUUGUCGGCGAAUGCCCUCAUGCAUGAUUUCACGCAGUAUUACAACAGAAAUCCUGCUACCAGCAACGUCCACGAAAAGGGCAGAGCGGUGGCGGCGUCAGAGGUGCCGUUGCCUCAGGCUGUCACGGUAGGCGGCGUCAACUGA